CCUGUGCAUGUCAAUGCCUUUCAGUCCACUUUAAAAUUGCAGUUUUUCCACUGAAAGUUAAUACUGGAAUCAAUUCUUCAAUAAAUCUCUUGAUAGUAUAUUUGCGGACAUAGUCACACAGUGUGAACUGAAGGAUUGACUACUUUGCUUAACCAAGCCUCUGUCCUCAUUAUUCCAGGAACCCCUCUGGUUGGAAACCACUCUGUACACUGUAACACUGAAUGUUGAAGGCAAACUGCUCAAAAAUGCUGCAGGUUCCCGAGAGAUGCUGUUUUCAGCCAACAGUCAUGCCGCUGAACUUGGAGGUUCAGCUGUGUGUGAGUCAGAAUGCACCCUUGCAACACUUAUCGGCCAUAUCCUCACUGAAACUCCUGCAGCCUUAUGAUUAUGCAGCUCCACUGUGCCACCCUCUGGCCUCCCUGCUGCCUGUCCCCAACUUGAAGGGCCACGCAGAACUGCAGCAGUUGAUCGCCACCUCCUGUGACAAGGGGAGCUUGAAUCAAGAGAAGAAACGUGUGACAUUUUCUGAUUCUAAGGGCCUGCCACUUACGAUGGUCCGCUACCUCUCAAAUUCCAAGGAUUCCAUGUCUUCUGAAAGUGAAGAGGACCUAGAGGUGGCACCAGGCCAAGGAGCCAAGCAGAAAAGGAGACUGGGACGGAGACGGCGGAAGCUGAGGCCAGACUUUCACAAACCCAAAGGAGAUCACCUGGUGCAGCUGGAAGAAUGUGUCACGAUGCCACAGAUCUUCAGUGGCACAGUACGAGUCAGGAACACAGGGUCUCAAAAGGCUGUGAACAUCUGCGCCACUUUUGAUUCCUGGCACAGUUAUUGCCAUGUGCCCUGCACCCCACUGCAGCAGAACCAAGAGGGUGGAACCACCAGCCUGUUUGCUUUCAGCAUCCCCCUUCCCCUAAACCUCAACCCUAGGGGGCGAUUUGAGUUCUAUGUCUACCACCCUGGAGCCUACAGCUUUCCUGUGUGGAACAACAAUAUGGGCCAGAACUCAGGACAGGAGAUCCUAUCAACCCAAAGUUCAGUUACUUUAAGGACUCUCCAAAGUAGGAUAAGGAGGUGUGUCCAACCUGGAGAUGCAGGACACUGGUUAAACUCCCCAAUGUCUGAGCUCUUGGUCACCAAGUCCUGAUGACAUGGCCAUCAGUUGUGGUUAGUAGUUAGAAGUUUAGGGUUAGGGAUAGGAAUUAGGGUUAGGAGAUAGUGGUUAGAGUUAAGGUUGGGGUUAGAGUUUAGAUGUCAGAAUGGAGGGGUAGAAGUUAGGGUUAGGUCAGCAGCUUGGUGAUGCUCUGGCCUAGAUCCUGAACUAAUUUUAGCCUUGGCUUCGUACUGUGCUCAUGGGUUGUGACUGGUUGGUAAUCAGCUGUCAAUAAGGAUUAUGGUUUGGGUUAGGUGUAAGGUUAGGACAACAGCUUGGUGGUGCUCUAGCCCAUAUCUCGGACUAGUUUGAACCCUGAUCCCCUACUGAAGUUAUGAGCUGAGACAAGUGAUGACCAGAAUUUGUUGAAGAUUAGGGAUUAGUGUUGACUGCAAGUUUGGACAUUGAUGUAGUAUUAAGACUUUCUGAAGCUGUAGAUGUUUGGGAUAGGCCUGGUGUAGUAAAGUGCAUGGAAAAGCUUGAGGAGCACUUCCAUACCACCUACAUUUCAUUUCAACUAGGUUAGAGAUAUCCAGGAACACACUGUGAGCCAAUUGGCCUUCAUGGUGGAUUCAUGGGACCAAGAACCUAAACCUGUCUCUCGUUUAGUUGCUCAUGUAGCCUGCUGGAAUAUGGUUGUGGUUAAUGGAUUUAGGGUUGGGAUAUGUCCUUUUGGGUAUGUCUCUCUGAUGGAUCAGGACAUUCUGCAUGUCCAGUCUAUAACCUCUAUCUUACUUAGUGGCACCAAGAACAUUUUUUCAUGGUUACUAAGUGCACUUCACAUCAAACUGGUCAAUAAUUGGAGGUGCUCUGACUCAAAUGUGCUUAUUUAUUUUAUUUAAUUUUGUUUAACUUUAUUGUAAACUGCAAAGGGGGGU